UUACAAUAUGGCGGAGGCAGACGGACUGCUCAAACGGGUGCUGGUGCCGAUUCUUUUACCAGAGAAAUGCUACGACCGACUUUUUGUCCAUUGGGACUUGCUUCACGUCCCCUGCCUCAAGAUUCUCCUCAGCAAAGGCCUGGGGCUGGGCAUUGUGGCUGGGUCACUUUUGGUAAAGCUGCCCCAGGUGUUUAAAGUCCUGGGAGCCAAGAGUGCUGAAGGACUGAGUCUUCAGUCAAUAAUGCUGGAGCUAGUGGCAUUGACUGGGACUAUGGUCUACAGCAUCACCAACAACUUCCCCUUCAGCUCUUGGGGUGAAGCCCUGUUCCUGAUGCUCCAAACGAUCACCAUCUUCUUCCUGGUCAUGCACUACAGAGGACACACCGUGAAAGGUGUCACUUUCCUAGCCUGCUAUACCCUGGUCCUGCUGGUGCUGCUUUCACCGUUGACACCUUUGGCUGUAGUCACCCUGCUCCAGGCCUCCAACGUGCCUGCUGUGGUCGUGGGGAGGCUACUCCAGGCAGCCACCAACUACCACAAUGGGCACACGGGCCAGCUGUCAGCCAUCACAGUCUUUCUGCUUUUUGGGGGCUCCCUGGCCCGAAUCUUCACUACCAUUCAGGAAACUGGAGACCCCCUCAUGGCUGGAACCUUUGUGGUCUCCUCCCUCUGCAAUGGCCUCAUCGCUGCCCAGCUCCUCUUCUACUGGAAUGCCAAGGCACCCCACAAGCAGAAAAAAGAACACUAGGGCUGAGCCAGCUACUGGAGUCAUUCCUGGUUUCCAUUCAUCCAUCCAACCUCAGGGUCCUCCCUCAUCUGAGCCAGCCUGCUGGUGGGACUUUUAAGCA